GUCUUAACUUGUCUGAAAGACGCGUGCGGUAUCGUUGAAAGUGUGUGGUAGUUUGAUGUUGUGGUAAGUGGUGUUUAUGUAAUUCAUUGCAGGGGAAAAAAAAAAAAAACUACGAAAAAUUUGUUAUUUUAAAAUAAAAGUGAAAUGCGUUUCUUAUCUAUAAGUGCUCACGUUCCGGUAUACGUUUUAAUAGAGAUAGGUAGUGACAUCACUUUGUGUCAGGAUUUCGUAAAUAUAAACAGAACUGGCAGAACAACCACUGUUGAUCAGCAGAUCGGAGAGAUAUAGUAUAGAAUGGCAGAAGAUGCAAGCAGUAGCCCCAGUCUUCUGAGUAAGAUAUAUAUGUUUAAGAGAGAGGGACCAGCAGCGACACUGCCACGGAUCUCCAAUGACUGUGAUUUCCAACCAGUUAGAAAUGGCAUUGAUGCAAACGUGAUAGAACUAGAUGAUGAUGACGACGACGUGAAGCCGUUUCAGCGUAAGAAGAUUACUUAUUGUAUAAUAGAUGAUGAUGAUGAUGACGACAUCCAAGAGAUACCUAUCGAGCCAGUACCAUCAGUUUCUGAAGAACAAGAGGUUAUUCCUGUAGAGAAUGGGGUAGAACCUGAGGCUGUUGAUGGCAUACAACCUGAGGCUGUUGAUGACAUACAUGAAAAACAAGUAAGCCUUGACUUCCUGGAAGAUGCAUUUCCCACUAAAGAUAAAAUGGAAUUACAAGAUGCCCUUGCACGCAGCAACUGGAAUGUGGAGCAAGCAAUGGCCAGACUCUGUGAAGAGAAGUUUUCUGACACAGCUAAAAGAAAAAAUGAUGAUGAACUGCAGCGCAAGAAAGUUAAGAAAGCAAAGAAAAACUAUAGGGAUAUUGAAGACAGGACAUCUGAUAUUGAUGAUGAAGAUGCCCAGCCAUUCAAGAGAAGGUUAUUUGAUAGUGAUGAUUCUGAAACUGAAACAACUGAUGUGAGUAACCAUGACAAGAAGAAAGUCCUGGAGUUUUUGUCAACGGCAACAAUUCCUGAACUGAAAGCUAUGUCAUACUGUUCGCAGAAGAAGGCAGAGGCAAUUAUUGAGCAGCGCCCUUUCAGUAGUUGGAGUGAUCUCGUUGAAAAGUUUCAGAGUGGAAAACACCUUGGUACAGAGUUACUGAAUUCUGCACAGGAUAUCUUAAGUACCCGCAGGGAAGUGAAGGAACUAAUGAAGAGAUGUGUAAAGCUUGCCAAAAAGUUAGAAAAAGCUGUGCUUGAAGGUGCUACUGGCAUAAAGGAGCAGCCAGAAUUGUUAUCAGAUGGUCUCAAGCUAACAGCUUAUCAGAUGGUUGGCCUAAACUGGUUAAUGGUUCUACACAAUCAGAAGGUCAAUGGAAUUUUGGCUGAUGAAAUGGGACUUGGAAAAACUGUCCAAAUAAUUGCAUUCCUAGCACAUCUCAAGAAACUUGGGAUUGCACAAAAUGUUCCUCACUUAAUAAUAGUACCUUCCUCAACACUAGAUAAUUGGAGCAAUGAAUUUGAAAGAUGGUGUCCAUCUUUACGUGUUGCUGUUUAUUAUGGACAUCCUGAUGAAAGAAGACUAAUGCGUGUUAAGUGGAUCAAGGGUGGCAUGGAUGACGUUGAUGUUGUAAUAACAACGUAUACAGUCCUAAACAGUUCACCUGAAGAGAAAAAACUGUUCCGAGUGUUAGAAGUAAACUAUGUCAUACUAGAUGAAGGUCACAUGUUAAAAAAUAUGACAACUCAGCGAUUUGAAACACUGAUGAGGAUAAAUGCGAGGAGAAGAGUAUUGUUGACUGGCACCCCAGUGCAAAAUAAUUUAGUGGAACUUAUGUCGCUGUUAACAUUUUUAAUGCCAAAUAUGUUUGCUGGAAGAAAAGAGGAUUUAAAAAAGAUAUUUUCAAAAGGGCAGAAACAAGCUGCAGAAAAUGAAAAGAAAGACCAGCAACCACAAUUUGAGCAACAACAGAUUGCACAAGCACGAAGAAUCAUGAAACCAUUUCUACUGAGGCGACUGAAAUCUGAGGUAUUGAAAGACCUCCCCAAAAAGACUGAAUCUCUCGUGAUGUGUCCCAUGAAUAAAAACCAGAAAAUUAUGUAUGAUAACCUGGUUAAAGCCUUCUCAAAAGCUGCAACAGAGGCUGAUUUAUCGGAGGGCAAUGAGGGAGACGGUCUGAGUGGAAUAGGUAUGACAAUGGAUCUGCGUAAAAUGGCAAAUCACCCUCUGUUGUUACGGUAUAAUUACACUGAUGAACAGCUGAAAAGUAGUGCUGCAUAUCUUGCCCGUAACCCAUCAUAUAAAGGGGAUAAGGAAGAUGUCAUCUUUGAAGACCUAGCGUGUAUGUCAGAUUUCCAACUGCAUCAGUUGUUCAUAGAGUUCAAGGAGCUUUCCAAGAAUGCAUUACCUACUGCAUUAUUCUUUGAGUCUGGAAAGUUUGAAAAGUUUGAUGAAAUCCUGCCUAAUCUGAAAAGUGAAGGCCACAGGGUACUGAUUUUUAGUCAGUUUGUGAUCAUGUUGGAUGUUAUGGAAGAGUACUUGAGACUUCGAGAUUAUUCAUACCUUCGUCUUGACGGAAGUACCCAAGUAACAUUUAGGCAGGAAUUAAUCAAUACAUUUAAUGAAGAUGACAGUAUUUUCAUCUUUCUUCUGUCAACACGAGCUGGAGGGAUGGGGAUAAAUCUAACUGCAGCUGACACUGUAAUCAUCCAUGAUAUUGAUUUCAAUCCAUACAAUGAUAAACAAGCUGAAGAUAGGUGUCACCGUGUUGGGCAGUCAAGAGAUGUGACAGUAAUUAGGUUAAUUAGUGAGGGAACUAUUGAAGAAGGAAUGCUCCAAAUAGCACAGGAGAAACUUUCAUUGGAACGACAGAUCAAUAGUGAAGAUAAUGUUGCGGACAGCAAGAAUGUAGUUUGUUUAUUGAAACAAGCACUUGGACUGGAAGCAAGGACUGCUGGCAAAUAAUUUAUACAUGCUUAAAUAAAGCGGUGCAUAGCUUUGUUUGCAGUUUUUGUUGAUGACUGCUUGUAGAAGGAAUGGCGUUUGUUACUGGUGUGAAUGGAGUAAUUAUGAGUCAUUGUACAUUGUGGGGAUGUAAUAUAUUCCAUAGUGUCGAGGCAACAGGAUUAUGUAAUUAUCGUCAGAUGGUGAAUAAGUGGCAGAGCAUUUAUGUAUGUCUUGUUUACCAAUAAUAUGAUGAUGAUAUCCUAAAUGAGAAAAUUUGGCAUGGGUGCAAAUAUAUAUGUCAAAUAAUAAUUUGUUUCUUUAACAAGAAACUUUUAGGCAUCGAAUUUUAAGUUGAAAGGAAUGGCUACCUGAUGUUAGGUGAAGCUGUACUUUCUGAAAUGUGAUAUGCUUUACUUACUCUUUUACUUAACAUUUUAACUCUCUUGCAGAGGUUUGAUAUCCAUUUUCAGUAUUAAGAACCUACAAACUGUAUUGUAGAGAGGGCACAUUCAGUUCUACUUUUGUUAUAAUUAUUUAUAAUUUUGUUUUCCUUCAGAAAUAUUUGUUAUGAAGUCUGUAUGGUGUCACACAUAGUUGUAAUUAAAUUUUUUUCUAUUUGUACAUAUACUAUUUCAUGUGGAAGUUUUGUCAGUCAUUAGAAUCAUUUUUGUAUAGUGGAAAGAGUAAGGGUAACAACUUACUGUACAGUUGAGGGGCACAUGAACGACUGAAGUGUAGCUAAAUUUCCUGAUAAAUCCAAAUCCCUUUUUAGAGCUAAUACGGAACACAUUCACCUUUCAACUUCAUUGUGCAGGCAUUGUGGUUUGAUUGUGGUGAGGUAUUGUGUCAGGUGUUUUGCGCUCUACACACAAACCCCUCACCCCAGUUGAGUUCCAGCGUAAUGUGGUGUGUGUGUGUGUGUGUGUGUGUGUGUGUGUGUGUGAGAGAGAGAGAGAGAGAGAGAGAGAGAGAGAGAGAGAGAGAGAGAGAGAGAGAGAGAGAAUUCAUAAGGGGGAUUCAUCCGGAAGCUUAACGAUGUUUGCACUCUUGUUUUGAGUUGUUACCAUUACUCCUUAGUGUAUUUCCACCAAUGACUUUCCGUUUUUAAGUAUUAAACAGAAAAAGUAAACAGUGAAAGCCAUAGAUAAAAUAAUAGAUAAAAAUGGCAAUAUUAAACAAAUUGCAGAACCUGGCAGAACCAGUGGUGUCAUAAUUGUACUAUGUCUUGAACUGGUCAAAGAUAGAUACAUUUCUUUUAAAUAUUGGAGAAGAAGAGGAUAUAAAAUAAAGAUGGUAGGUGAAAGGAGAAGUCACUCAAAUCUCUUAACUCAAGAAAUUAAUACAGGGUUUAACAUAGAACAAGAUGAUGUGGAAGAGUCCUGAUUUCAGAAACUUUGGAUUCUAUGUUACCUUUCUUGAAUUACUGUUGGUUGUACCAUAUGUUCCACUGUUGUCAAUUAUAAACAUUUUGUGUGUCUUUAAUCUAACUUGUAUUAUUAAAAGAGCCAAAGAACUAUCAGUCUAACUGUACAUACCACAGUAUCUAUGUACAUACCAAAGUAUUUGUCUCUCAAGAAAAAACUGUUUAGAACACAAAUGAUGGUAGUGAAGGUUUCUUGUGGACAUAGUGAAGGACAGUUCUGUAUUAAGCUGGAAAAUAUUGUACUUAACAUUUUGAGACAGAAUGACUAGCCCAUACUUACUGUUCCCCAGGAAGCAAAAUUCUUAAUACUGCUAAUGGACACAAGAAAGUGAGGAACUGUACUGAUCUUGGAACUAUUAGUUCGGGGGCAGAAUUAGGGACAGACUGGGGAAGAAUAGAAAGGAAGGGCAGGUCACUGACCUCAGGAUUUAAGGGGCUAACUAUAGUAAGGACAAAGUAUGGAAGAAAUCAUGCACAUUGUGUUUGAGUCAAUGAAGCAUUGUGGCUUUGAUGAAUGGUUUUGUAUUGGCACCAACAGUCUAGAUAUAUGUGACAUAUUUUGUCUUUGGUUAACAUGGAAAUAUCAUACUUCAGUGAACUGAGGAUUACUUAUUUCAACUUCUUGCAAAAAUCAAAAGACAACAUUGAUUCAGUUAGUACUGUUAAUUUUGUAUAAAGUCAGUCUUUAUAAGAAAUGUUUGCUUUUUAAAUUUAAUACUUCUUUCUAUCAAAAUGGUACUGCUAGUCACAGGCAUGGCACUUAUCGCAAGAAGAGUAAGAAGGCUUUUUGCCAAACUGAAAACACAGAUUCAUGUGGCAACUGAAAUUCUCCUAUGUAUAGCUGUUGUGUUACAGGGACCUGACUGUUGCAUAUUUUGUUUUUCAUAAAUAAAUGCCAUUUUCUGA